ACGCCGCUCGGAAGAGAACGUUUUGUUUUCUGCUAAACCUGAACAAAUAUUCAGGUUGUACAACAGAAAGGAGAGGCACGGACAGUUUAAGCCAUGGCUGGACCAGUCAGUUUGGAGCUGGACCCCAUUUUUCUAAAGGGGCUCAGCUAUUUACAUUCCAAGAGCAAAGAUUCAGCUGAGAAGCUCAAAGCUCUGCUUGACGAGUCGCUUGCAAGAGGAAGCGACUCCUCCCACCGCUCAUUACAAAAGGAGGUGGAGGUGUCAAAGGGGUCUGUGUCAAAACUGAGCUUAAGUAAACCUGACUCCAAGUCUUCGAGUUCCUCGUCUUCUGGCAGCAGCAGUGGAAGCAGCAAAUCCAGCUCUGAGAAGAGCAAGAAAGACGCUGAAAAGAGGCCGUCUGAAAAGGUCAGAAUUGAAGUGGGUGAAGCGGAACCUCCGAAAAAGCCUCGUUUGGAAAGACAGGAGAAUCGCUCUUCUCCAGUUACAGUUCAGACCAGCAGAGACCUCCUACCAAACAUAAAUGACUACUAUGAGACUAAUGCUGAUGACUUUGCCAUGGAAAUGGGUCUCGUCUGUGUAGUCUGCAGACAAAUGACGGUGACAGUGGGGAACCAGCUGGUGGAGUGCCAGGAGUGUCAUAAUCUGUAUCACCAGGACUGUCACAAAACGCCGGUGACAGAUAAAGAAGUCAACGACCCACGGCUGGUGUGGUAUUGUGCUCGCUGCACCAGGCAGAUGAAACGCAUGGCCCAAAAACCCCCACAGAAACCGUCCCCGGCAUCUGCAUCAUCAGCACCAGUCGUAAAAGACACACUGGUGAAAAAGACAGAGCUCAAGCUGAAAACUGAUACAACCAGCACCUUCCAGGCCUUUAAAAGAACAGAAGUGAAGGCACCUGCUACAUUAGCAAACCCCACCAGCAGCGGCGCCUCCUCCUCUAGCAGUGGCCUCACUGGUUGGGCUGCAUUUGGAGCCAAAACGAACCCGUCUCUUCCUGCUACCUCCAAGCUGGUUCCCUCGGGCCCAAGUGGGAGCAGCAAGACGUCGACAACGCCCUCGGCUCAAAAACCUGUUGGGUUGUUGGGGCUCGCUGGAGCCAAGUCGGGUCUUGGAGGAGCAAAGAUAGCUGGGAACAGCAAUGGAAAUGGCUCCAGCCAAGUCACGUUGAAACCUCCUCCGCCUCUGACUUUGGGGAAGCAGGGUCUUAACCGCUCGCUGAGCGGGGACAGUCAGGGGAAAGGCUCUCCUGCUUCUGGGUCCAGCUCUCCUGGGAGCUCCCAGACAGGCAACGGAGGCAACGGAGGAAAUAACGGCGGGGGCAACGGGAACAAUGGGAAUGGGUCAAAGGUUGCACCAGGGGACAAAGCACCAACUUCUCAAGAGUCCCAGCUCAUCGCCAUGAAGCGUUUGCAGCUGGUCAAGAAGAAAGCUGCACAGAAGAAACUGAAGAAAUGAAUUUUGACAGGCAGAUACAGAAAAGGACGGAGGUGGUACGGCAGAAGUAGAAAGUACACAAAUAUGAAUUGUGAGCAUUUAGUGCCAGAGCAUCUGUGGACAAUCACCAUCUAGUCAAAUACUUGAAAUUAACUAUUUGUAAAUGCUGCUGGACUUUGUGUGCCUCUUCUCUCCUCACCUCACAAAUUUAACCAGUGAAAGAAAUGUCACUUUUAUUCAACCUGUCAAUAAAUUGUCUCUCAUACACUGACUAGCACUGA